UUCAAUUACAUAAUUUCAUUUAAUUAGACCUAAUUUCCCAAGAAUGAGAACCCUCCUAUUAAGAAAUUGGUUUGGAAAUGUUCGAAGUUUAAGCAGUCCCCAAAUAAUAUGUCGUCAUUUCUCGAAUGAAACUAAAAAUUUUUAUGAUUUGGUUGUUAUUGGUGGUGGAAUUGUUGGAGUUGCAUCAGCUAGAGAAAUUUUACUACGAUUUCCAAAAUUAAAAGUAGCUGUCGUAGAAAAAGAAUCGAAACUUGCAACUCAUCAAACAGGACAUAAUAGUGGAGUAAUUCAUGCUGGACUCUACUAUAAACCUGGUUCAUUAAAAGCCAAAUUAUGUGUGAAAGGAUUGAAAUUAAUAUACGAUUACUUAGAUAAAAAUAAUAUACCGUAUAAAAAGUGUGGAAAACUUGUGGUCGCUACAAGAAAAGAUGAAUUAGAAACAUUACAAAAUUUAUAUUCAAGAUCAUUAGAAAAUGGUGUACCAGAUGUUAGACUUAUCGAUGGCAAAGAAAUUUCAGCGAUUGAACCACAUUGUCUUGGUUUAAAAGCCGUGCAUUCACCUCAUACGGGUAUCGUAGAUUGGGCUUUAGUUACAAAUUACUUUGCCAAAGAAUUUCAACAAUUGGGUGGUGAGAUUUUACUAAAUUUCAAUGUAACAAAAUUUUCUGAAAGUUCAUCACCUGGUUAUCCUGUAAGUAUUACGUCUAAAGAUGGAAAACAAAUUUCAACGAAAUAUGGUUUAGCUUGUGCAGGCCUACAAUCAGAUAUAAUUGCACGAUUAUCAGGUGGCGCUAAAUUCCCAGCUAUAAUACCAUUCAGAGGAGAGUAUUUAUUAUUAAAACAUGAAUUUGAACAUCUAGUGAAUGGGAAUAUUUAUCCUGUUCCAAAUCCAAAUUUACCUUUUCUAGGUGUUCAUUUUACUCCAAGAUUAGAUGGAAGUAUUUGGCUAGGACCGAAUGCUGUUCUUGCAUUUAAAAAAGAAGGAUAUAGGUGGACUGAUUUCGAUUUGAAUGAAUUUACAUCAAUUGUAACGAACCCUGGCUUUAUCAAAUUAGCUCUCAAAUAUCCUGCGUUUGGUUUAAAAGAAUUUUAUAAAUCUUGCAAUUUGAAUUAUCAAGUUCAAGAUUUAAAACAAUACAUUCCAAAUUUAGAACGAAACUGGGUGGAGAAAGGCCCAUCUGGUGUAAGAGCUCAAGCAUUAUCUGUUGAAGGUGAAUUAAUUGAGGAUUUCUUUUUUGAAACCGGUAAUCAAUAUCCAGGCGAGUUUAUAUUACAUUGUCGAAAUGCACCGUCACCCGGUGCAACAAGUUCUAUGGCGAUAGCUGAAAUGAUUACAGAUAAAUUAAACAAUUUAUUUCAUUUAUCAAAUUUGAAUAACUAAA